GAUCUCAGAGACAGACAAACAAAGAUUUGAAAAGAUGAAGUCUUCCUGGUGCACAACAAUUCUUGUUGGUUUCAGCACUACAGCUGGGUUUUUGAUGCUGUUUGUGCCUGCUGCAGAGAUUAAACAUGUCCAGUUUGGUUCAACAGUCCUUAUGGGCUGUAACAUCUCCUACAUUUAUGAUACAAUGUGGUUGAAGCAGAACCCAGAUCUCCCCCCAACUGUGGUCCUCCGUGUCUCCCUCAGAGGGGGGAAACCGCACCAAGAGUUCCAGCUCAGCUCUCGUUUCUCAGUGGAGUUGAUAAAGCGAUCUCUGGCACUUAAGAUCAGUGAUGUUGAGGAGAGCGACAUGGGACUGUACUACUGCAUUGCAGAUGUAAACCAACAUUUAACGGUUGGGAGAGGAACCAUGCUUCAAGGAUUCCAAACUACAGCUGGGUUUCCGAUGCUAUUUGUGCCUGCUAAAGAAAAUGUCCAGUUCGGUUCAACAGUCACUUUGAGCUGUAACAUCUCCUACAUUUAUGAUACAAUGUGGUUAAAGCAGAACCCAGAUCUCCCCCCAACUGAGGUCCUCGGUGUCACCUUUACAGGGGGAAAACCCCACCAAGAGUUCCAGCUGAGCUCUCGUUUCUCAGUGGAGUUGAUAAAGCGAUCUCUGGCACUUAAGAUCAGUGAUGUUGAGGAGAGCGACAUGGGACUGUACUACUGCAUUGCAAAUGUAAACCAACAUUUAACGGUCGGGAGAGGAACCAUGCUUCAAGGUUCCUCUGAGUUUAUCUUCAAGCGCUGGGACUGUAUAGUUAUUGGUUUUGUGGUGCUGAUUCUGUUGCUGGCUGUUUUCAUCACCCAUUGGAGAAUCAAACAGAAAAAAAGGGACGUCAAAAUGCCUUCCACUGUUUAUUUCACCAGAAAAGAUUAAUCCACUCCCAAACAGUGGCGAUUUUAGACCCUUAUAAGGGGUGCUCAAUCACCCCUUAAUUUGAUCUCAGCACCCCUAAAAAUAAAUUGCAUAUAUAAUAUUGCAUUGUUUCCCUUGAAAAAUUAUUUUAUACAACUUUAAUUAUUUUGUGAGCCUGUCUGUUAGAGAUGGGACAAACAAUUAUGCUAUAGGUUCAAAUGUUUUUUAUUUUAACAGCUUUAAUGUACUUUGGAUAGUUGAGUCAUUAAUAUUGUCUUUCCAUCAGGGUUCAUUAACUAUCUCAGGGUAGAAAGCUGUGAUUGUUUAUUCUGAGCCAUUAUUAUCAUACAUUAUAGUAGACCACUCUACUAUGCAUUAAUAUUUCUUGUUGUAAUUUACGUUAUCCACUUAAAUGAGUCAUUUAGCAGGGGGUUGGAACACUUGCAGGGCAUUGUAUUUCAAAUUCUCAUUAGGAGCUGAGCCUAGUCUGAUCCUAGAAUCACCUCUGCUUCCAACCAUAUACAAAACCAACAUUAGCAUGACAUUUUAAGAUGUUUAACCUAACCUCUCGGAACAAACUGUGUCCACAAAUGUGUACAUGUUCAAAAAUAAACUGAAACCUUUUUCAUUUUCUCAGGCUUCUGAAUGAUUACAGUCUGUGUCUAUAUGCAUUUUUUUCUUUUGUUUCCACUUUCAUGUAUUUUACUUAUUGCAUGCCUCUGUAUAUGUUACUUUUGCUUAAUGCAUUUUAAUAUUAAGUGCCUGUUCUGUAACCUAGCUUUCUCCUGAAUAUGUCAUUAUAUUUGAUGGAGAGAAUGUAUUGUAUACGCUAAAGUGCUAAAGGUAAACUUAUGUACAAACAUAAUGUAGACUUAACAGUGUUGACGAGUUUGGAAUGUGUUUUGGAUAUAUCAAUGACCAUAUGUGCUGGAAAGGACAAUAAUGUAAGCUUUGCAUGACAACACAAACUGUGUUUUAGUAGCAUAAAUA